CACGUGGCCCUCACGGAAGUGACGAGCUCGCCACUCACAAAAUAACAGUUGGUUAGACGGAGUGGUUGUACAAGAACACAGUUCUAGUGAAGUAAAAUUUUAUGUAGCCGAUCAUGGCGUGUUCUUCAUCUCACGAUUACGUCUUUAAGUUGGGAGAACGUGGUUCGGGUCUUCAAGCUAGAAGAAUUCAAGAUUUCCACAAACUCCGUGAACAGUGUGUCGCAGAAGGAACUUUGUUUGAAGAUACAGAGUUUCCUGCUUGUGAUUCGAGCAUCUUCUUCAGUAGCACCCCCUCUAGACCUUUUGAAUGGAAACGACCUCAUGAGCUCACUGAGGAGCCAAAACUCUUCCACGAGGGUGCCACAAGGUUUGAUGUUAUACAAGGCGAGUUAGGUGACUGCUGGCUGCUUGCUGCAAUGGCCAAUCUAACCCUCAAUCAAGCUUUGUUUUACCGGGUCGUUCCUUAUGAUCAAGGGUUCGACGAUGACUAUGCUGGAAUCUUCCAUUUCCGUUUCUGGCAGUACGGCCGCUGGAUUGAUGUGGUUGUAGAUGACCGUCUUCCAACUUGUAAUGAUACUUUAGUGUUCAUGCAUUCUAAAGAACAAACCGAAUUUUGGAGUGCUCUUCUCGAAAAGGCUUACGCCAAGUUACAUGGAUCUUACGAAGCACUGAAAGGAGGGACAACAUGCGAGGCUAUGGAAGAUUUUACUGGAGGUUUAACAGAAUUUUACGAGAUUCAGAAAGCACCAGAUAACUUGUUUAGAAUCAUGUUGAAAGCCUACGAAAGAUGGUCUUUAAUGGGAUGUGCUGUAGAGCCGGAUAGUGAUGUCACCGAGAUGGAACAAGACAAUGGAUUAAUUAAAGGUCAUGCAUAUAGCGUUACUGCCAUCCGUAUGGUUGAAGUGGACACUCCAAGAGUAUCUGGAAAGAUCCCUUUGAUCAGAAUUCGUAAUCCAUGGGGUAACGAGUGUGAAUGGAAAGGAGCCUGGAGUGAUAGCUCUCCUGAGUGGACCAUGGUCAAUGAGAAUGAAAGAAAAGAACUAGGACUUACGUUUGAACAUGAUGGAGAAUUCUGGAUGUCUUUUAGAGACUUUCUCCUGAACUUCAACAGGCUAGAAAUCUGCAAUCUUAACCCAGAUUCUCUUGAUGAUGAGCCUCUCACACAGGUGUCCAAGAAGAAGUGGAACAUGCACGUUUUUGAAAGCAGCUGGAUUCCUGGAUGUACUGCUGGAGGAUGUAGAAACUACCCUGAUACAUUUUGGAUGAACCCUCAAUACCAGGUUACACUUGAAGAUGUUGAUGAUGAUGAUGAUGAUGAUCUUUGUACUAUGAUAGUGGCACUAAUGCAGAAACAUCACAGAUCGAAACGACAAAUUGGACAGGACUGUUUAACAGUUGGCUAUAUUAUCUAUCAUCUGAAUGACCCAGACAAUUUACCUAAACCAUUACCAAAGGAGUUUUUUGAAUCUAGAACUCCAGCAGCUAAAUCUCCUUCUUUUAUAAAUCUGCGUGAAGUAAGUUGCAGAUUCAAACUUCCCCCUGGCUCCUACAGCAUUAUACCUUCUACUUUUGACCCAGAUGAAAGAGGAGAAUUUGUCCUGCGAGUGUUCACUGAAAAAGAAAACAAAAUGAGCGAAUAUGAUGAAGAUGUUGGACUUAAGUCCCCUGAUGAAGAAGCUCAAGUUGAACAGAAUGAAGAGGAAGAAGAUAAGGAACAACAAGUAAAAGAUUUCUUUGCUAGCAUAUCUGGUCCAGAUCUAGAAGUUGACUGCUAUGAAUUUCAAGAAGUGCUAAAUUUUGCUGUGAAGCAAGAAUUUGACAUCGAUGAGAUUUCACUGGAUGUUUGCCGUAGCAUGAUAUCCAUGAUGGAUGUAUCCUUUAAUGAACAAUUGAGUGUUGUUAUAAUAUGUAUUUUCAGUGUUAUAAUUUAGUUAUUUGCUAGAAGG